GGGAAAACUAGGGACGACCCCUUGUUUUGAAGCGCGCGUUUGACAGUCAGCAGCAGCAGCAGCGACCAGCGGGACAUACGUCACUGAGCGAGAUCAGUGACGUGCCUUAGUAGUAGUAGUAGUAGGCGCUCGAACGUAGCAACCGCAGCAGCAUUCUGUCUGAUUGACGUUCGGUGGUCGAGAUGGGCAACCAGCCGACGAAACACUCGCCCGGAAGGCCGAAAAAGGCUGUCCAUUGGAAAUCGGCAGAACCGCCAGCACCACCAGGGAAACCGACGCUCGUUCCGGGGAGCCCUUCGUCGGCACCGGACAUUGUGACGAUCCGCUGGACUCGCCCGCAGACUGAUGGCGGCUCGGCCAUCCUCGGGUACGUGGUGGAGCAGCGACGCACCGGAUCACCGCACUGGGUCCGGGCCUGUCCCUCGCUCGUCCAGCAAACGGAACUCUCGCUGAGUGGCCUGGAACCUGGCUGGCGCUACCAAUUCCGCGUGAUGGCGGACAACAUCGUGGGUCGAUCGGAUGCCAGUGAAGCAUCGGAUCCGCUCACCGUGACCCUCCAGCGAAACGCCAUCUCCGCGCCCCGUUUCCUGCACGAACUGUUCGAUGCGACCGCGGUCGAGAACGAGAAGGUUGAGUUCCGGGUGCAAGUCGCCGGGACGCCGGUGCCGCAGAUUAGCUGGUUUAAGGAUGGGUUCGAGAUUUACAGUAGCCGCCGGGCACGGAUCGUAACCGAGGCGGACGUCAGCGUGUUGGUCAUCCACCAGACGGCACUGACGGACGAGGGGGAGAUCAAGUGUGCGGCAACGAACCGGGCUGGGCACAGCGUUACCCGGUGCCAGCUCACGAUCGAUGCGUACCCGAAGAUACGGCUGCCGCGCCAGUACGAGGACGGGUUGAUCAUCGAGGCGGAGGAAGUGAUCCGCCUGAAGGUGGCCCUUGCCGGGCGGCCACCACCGAUGGUCGAGUGGAGCCACAACGGGGAGCUGCUGGAGAACGGCCGGCGGCACGAGAUCCUGACGACGGACAAGAACUCCACUCUGAAGAUCGUGAACAGUGAGCGGGACGAUCGGGGAGAGUACCACAUCCGGGCGCUCAACAAGCUAGGUGACGACGUGGCGUCGUUCCUGGUGACGGUCACGGCACGCCCGCAGCCCCCGGGCCGGGUGACGAUCGCCCUGUCGUACGGCAAAACGGUCACCCUGAGCUGGUCCGCCCCGGACGACGACGGGGGCUGCAAGAUCGGGGCCUACAUCGUCGAGUACUACCGGGUCGGGUGGGACGUGUGGUUGAAGGCGGCCACCUGCCGCCAGCUAACCACCACGCUGUCCGAUCUGAUCGAGGGCUCCCAGUACCGGUUCCGGGUGAAGGCCGAAAACCCGUACGGGGUGAGUGAACCGAGCGACGAAUCGGACCUCCUGUUCGUGGCCGAUCCACGCCGAGGCAUUACGGAUGCCACGAAAAUCGCGUCACCAUCCACGCUGCCCCGCAAACGCCGUGACCUAUCGCCGGUGGGGGCGAGACCCAAAAAAGCUUUCACUCCGGAACCGUACGGUCGGAACGAGAUUAUGCUCGAGAUGUCGUACGGGACACCGAUCGAGCCGACAGUGAUGCAGCCCACCGUACCGGAGGUAAUCAUCACGGAACCGCUGCAGUCCACUGCCGCGCCCCUUGCCGAACCCGAAUCCGAAUCGGAACUUACGGACAGUGCGGCCACCAUGUCGAACCGGGCUUCGCCUCUGCUAGUGUCACCGCUGAAGGCGAUGCAAAAGUUCUCCAAAGAACCGAGUCCCCUGUCGGUUCCGUCCGGGUCCGAGCGGGACCCAUCACCGGUCGACAGCUCCACAAGCGCUAGCGCCAGCGAUCGCGGAAAGUCAACCGGGCCUCCGAGCGAGAAGACCGAACCACGGACGAUCCACAACAGCUCCGAGUUCAUGUUGGUCCUGUACAACGAGCAAGAAGCGAGAAAAAACACCCCGACCGGAAGAACAGCCCCGAAGGGUCCGCCGAUUCAGUCCCAGAGGAUGGGCUGGAAGUUCCACAAAGAUCGCUGCUUUCUGCAGAGACUCCUCACGCGACGUGGUUGCUCUCGAACGCUCGGUUCCGGUAAUUCUACCUUCGACUUUGAACUGGACGAACUGGUGGCUCCACCGCCGCCACUGUCGCUGUCCGCGCCGGAACUCAACGUGGAACCACCGCCGGCACCGGCGAUGCGUGCCGGCGUAAGCUCCACGGAGCUGCUGUACGAGCGGGCGAUGGCCCGGUUCUAUCAGGCCGUCGCCUACGAGGAGUCGGAAAAUCAACGCAAGGAAGCUGAAGAAGCGGAACAGCAGGCCCUACGUCGGCGCCAAACCGAACAACCCGCGCUGGACGAUAAGAACGCCGGCAACACGACGGCAACCGUGAACCGCAGCUUAGCCGACCGGAGAAGCAGCCUACGGAAGAGACUGUCCGGUGACAAGGACUCGAUCGUGAAGCAGUCCAGCUUUGAACAGGAUCCGGUCGUUCAGCAUCAGCCCCAGCAGCAGCAGCAGCAGCUUUCACAUUCCACACUCGCCGAAGAACCGAUCCCGGAGGAGCUGCCCGCGGAGGAUACGGUGGCCCCUGGGGAGAGGCACUCCGACGAAGAGGAGGCUGAAUCCGUGUCCUCCUCGAUGAGCUCGAUGAUCGAGGAGCUGAAGCGCCGCGAGCUGGAGCACCAGCAACAGCUGCAGCAGCAGGCCAUGAAGCGGCGUGGCUUCAUGGACGACGAUCAAGUGGACGAGGAACCGUACCACCCGGGGGUGCAGCGGAUGCGAUCGCCAUACCGAAACCCGGACCCGAGCCAGGCGAUCGAGGUGCUCACGGUACCGAUGCCCCUGCCGGAUCCCAACUUUGUGCCCAAACCGAUCCUUAAGCGACCCUCGACCGAGGUACUGGCGACGACCCAGAGUUUACCGGCACCGGUGCUCCAGACGCGAACCCUCACACCGGAGCGUCAGGUAUCGCCGGCAAAAGCCAGUCCCGUUCGACAAAAAUCCCCGACCCCCGAGCCAGUGACUGUGGCACUGCCCCCGAAGGAACCAUCUCCGGCCAAGAAGACGAUCCCCGUGGUGACACCGCCACUCUCCGAGAAGCAACCGCCGGCGGAAGAGGACAUCAAGCGGGCGAUCGUUUCCGAAGCGGCCCGCCAGCGUCGGCUCGAGACGCGCCAAAACUCGAUCGAGGAGUCACGUGCCGUGGCCGACUUCUACAGCGAUAUGGUGCAGCAGAUCGAGAGCUCCAAGAAACCGCGCAAGCUGCCCCUCUACAUGAGCCCGGACGAGGUGCGCAAGCUGAACGAGCGCGAACACUCGCGCCAAUCGUCCCGCGCCGGCUCCAAAUCACCACUCACCCUCGAGGAUGCGUACCCCGGGCGGUUCCGCUCGUCCCGAUCACCCUCCCUGACAACCGCCGAUGGUCCGUCGGUGAUCGUGCACCGUCCGACCCGACCGGCGCGGGAAAGUAAAAUCCUUCGCGGGCGCUCGGCUUCCGUCGAAAGCGAUAUUGUCUCCAAGGUGGCCCCCGCUGGUGCCCGGCCGCCAACGCCAAAGGACGAACCCGUACGACCCAGCCGACCGGUGGAAAAGAAACGCACUCCCGGUCCGCUCGGGAAUCGCUCGCGGUCCAACUCGGCCGCUCGGAACGCGGGCCCCGCGGUGCCAGCAGCUCCCGUUCGGACGAUCAUCAACAAACAACCGACACCGGAACCACAACGGAUCACUAGAGUAUCGCCGGCCAGCUCGUCGGGCGAUCCGGAGCCACCGAUUACGGCCAAACCCGUGGAGGAGGGAUCCCUCAAGCCAACGGUGUCGUAUCUGACGGACGUGGCACUGUUUGCGAUCGCCUGCUGGUUGUACCUUUUCAAGAAUCCGAAGCUGGCCCUACCGGUCAUCUUGCUGAUCAUGUACCGCCACAUCCGCGAGGCGCUGAAGGACAAGAUGCCGGCCUGGAUGCGGCGUAAGGAGAGCGCGGCGAGCUGAGAGCCGGGCUCCCGUCCGAGAGUUCCUGAUAAAGACAUUGUUUAUUGCGGCAGCAGGAAGAAUGCCGACUUCGUGUUCCUCGCACCGUGUUCGCUGUUCCGUUUCGGUCGCAGUUGCUAGUUGUAAUGAAUGUGCGACUAGUCAUCGCUGACGGCGGUGUGCCGGCCGCGCCAACCCGCGUCCGUAGGGCCGAUAGUGUCCUGUUUUUAGACCGUUACGCACCACCGUUCGUAGUGUAAGCACCUAGUCCAGUGUGCUUGUGUUUGUGUGUUUAUGUGUUGUACGUUUCUACUUUUGUACGAUUUUCACCGUGAGACUGCACCAAGAGGCCAACCAGGCGGAAGUCAACGAUAAGCGCGAACCCUGCAAUUGCAGGAGCACAACACCGGGAGACGGCCGCAGUCUGUGACCCGCGGAGGGACGAAAAAGUGAUGGCCUCUUUUUUUAAAAGCGACCACCGAUCCGAAGCGAAUGAUUAUUUUUGUUACCUCAAGUUAUUGCACCCGGCGCCCGUAGCGAAGUGAUGCAAGUGCGGGUUGUUUUUGGUGAGUUCGGCCCGUGUGGCCGGACGCGCGUUUACACCGAUAUUUGUAACAGCACACGACUCUCACAUAUUUGUUUAAUGCGCGUUUAAUGUUAGUUAUUUAUUUGUAUAUAUCCGCGUUUUCCCUUUCGGAGGCACGAGCACUAACGGAGAAAUAAAA